CACCAUUGACAGUAAGUUCAUGGUGGCACAGAAGGCGGAGAAGCAGCGCAGCGACACGUCAGGGUUCCUGCUGAAACAGAGCCUCCUCCUGCCGUACAAGCCACGCGGGCCAGACUUCUUCCCCCACCGGUCACCCAGAAGACCCCCUCCCGUCUCGCUGAAGGACUUAUUCCGAGAAGAAAACAUCUUGGAGAAGAAGCCGCCGGAUUUUACCCUAGAUGACUUUCAUGUGGACAUGUCUCAGGUGCCAACAAUGCCCAGGAGAGAGCUGCAGAGAGCAGCGUUGUCGAAACAGAACUAUAAUAAGAUGAUUAAGAUGUUAAGUGAAGAGUUUUCACCGAGACAGGAGGAAGUCAACACUACAGAGGUCCGUGGGGAGGAUGUUGGAGUGCCUGAGUUCAAACACAGAAUCCCACAGAGACAGCUCAUGAUUGAAAUGGCAGCCAUCAUCAGUGACUCCAUGAAGCUGCUGAGAGCCACGAUGGAGAGUGAAGAUGAGGAGGAGGAGCUGGAGACACGGGUCAGCUCAGGACCUCUGCUGCACCAGAAAACUCACAGUCGCGGGGUGUUCCUCACAGCACCCCCCACCGCAGCACCCCCAUCCACACCCUCCACUGCACCCGUGUCCAAGCAGCUCUCCAGAUACCCCAGCACAGCCUUACCCCCUACGACGGCAUCCCCCACCCCCUUCCACGACGCCGCGACUCCCAGUGAGCCACCCGGAACGGCAGAGCUCAUGUUGUACCACCCGGACACCCCAAGCACGGCCCUCCCCACCUCCGCUGGAAGCACCGACCUACCGCUGUCUGCACCACCUACCGCAGAGCCUACAGACUACCUAACCCCGUACACCACCACCCAGGCCUCCAUGCCACAGCUGAACACACCUCCUACUGCCGCACUUGUGGCACAGAGGGCUCUGUACUCAAGGAUGCCCAGUACAGCCCCUGUCAGACCCCCUGAUACAGUCAAAUCGGUCCCCCUACCAUCAACGGCCCCUGGCUUGCUACCCUCCCAUCCUGAGAAGGUUAAGGACCCUGCAAGGGGGUUAUUACUAGAGGGGUACCCAACGCUACCCCCUAUAGCAAGUGAGAGGGCAAGCAUCCCACCAACAGAGAUGUCCAUGCCUAUGACUGCAACUUUCGAGGAAGAAACCGUCACGACAGAAACGGUGGAAGAAAAAAUCCCGCCAAAGAUAUCAGAAGAGCCCAGCAAACGGGGCACUGCGACAGGAACAGCUAAGGGAACUCCAAAGACGCCAGGACGGCUCUCGAGAAGAGAAAAAGAGGUGUUAGAGGCAGUUAGGCAGCAGUUGGUUUCUGAGUACCCCGAGGCUGAUGCUCUGUUCAACACAGUCACAAACAAGUACUUCAUGGGCAGUCGGAGGAGCGGCUCUCCUUUUGAGGCACAGGGAGAGGAUGACACCAUCUCCCCUACAGAGCUGGCAGUGCUGGAUGCUAUUGUCAACGGUGGACAUGUUCUUAGCAUCAAGGCCCACUUUGUCAACCAACUCCCGGACAUUGCACCCAUCACCAACACACUGGUCUACCUCAACUUGUCCUUCAACGACUUCCAUUCAUUCCCCUCAGCAGUUUUGCUCCUGAAGAAUCUGGAGAUACUGAAGAUGAGGAAUAACCCCAUCAAUGAGAUCCCACAAGGUAUUUACAAGUUGAGGAAGCUGCGAACAUUUGUCCUGUCCUACUGCAUGGUGACAAGCCUCCCUCUCAGUUUCUACACCCUGACAGACCUCCAGUAUGUGGACCUGUCCUACAACAGGAUCUCCUUCCUACCAAAUGAUGUCAGGAGACUGCAGAAACUGUAUGACCUGAACCUGGAGGGUAACCAGUUGGCAGCCAUGCCCUGUGGUGCCCUGAAACUGCGCCGUCUCAAGCAUCUCAAGGUCAAGAACAACUUCAUGCACCCUCUGCUGUGGAAGGAAAAUGCUGAGAAAAUGCCUCAGCGUUUGAUUGACAUGUGCUCGGUGGUGCUUAUGAAGGAUGACCUGUACCGCAGAUACCGUAACCUGCCCGUUACCGCACAAAGCAUCCUGGACAGUACUGACGGAGUGUGUGACUGUUGCCACGGUCCCCUGUACGGUCCAGGUAUCCGCCUCAUCAGGCCCUGCUCCAAGAUCUUCGGCAUCAGGAAACUCCCCUUCCUGUUUGUGGCCUGCUCUCCACAUUGUCACAAUGUCUUCAUGACCAGCACGGCUUCUAUCUCAAAACUACUCUACGAAGACGACUGAUUUCUUGUCAACACUACUAACAGCAAAGAUUUACUGUACUUACAUGUACUUCAUCACCUUUCUGGCACACAGACCCAAGCCUGGGUACCAUCCUGGUUAGUUUAUACCUGUUCCUGUAGUUGCUACUGGCCAACAGUUGAUGGUACCCAGGCUAUACAGACCCUAUACCAAACAAGAAAUAAGAUAUUUCACAGACUACCAGGAAGUACUGGAGGGUCCCUCAUGUGAUUCUCAGCUUCCUGAAUUCCCCCCGUGUGGCCAUUUCCUGUGUCAUAACGAACAUAUCCAGUGGAC